AAAAGCGACGUCGAGCGUCGGAGGAAAGCGGCGACGCCGACGAAGAGAGCGACAAUGAGAGGUGCUGGGGAGCUUUGGUUGUACAAAAAUACAGGCCGAUAGCAUGCUAUUGAUUUUUCAAAAGCGUUCGUUGAACCAAUCACAGAGUUAGAACUAUUUUUAAAGGGUGAGGUUGUUGUUGAAGUUUUUAUAAGCUAGUGCGACGGGCCUAAUGUAAAGUGCGUCGAGUUUGGUUUUUUUUCGUGCGGACCGAGGCCGAGCGCGAGCUCGAAUAGUUUGCAGGUGAUGCAGGUGGCCACUCUAUUCCGCGAAUCCACCACCUUAUUGGGAGCGAGCAUGGAGGCGGGCGGAGGCACCUGUCCCUGCCCCUGUCCCGGUCCCUGUCCACCGCCACCGGGACAGGACCAAAUGACGGGUCAACUGGGACUGGGGGGACCAGCUACACAUUCGCCGCCACAGGCACAGUCUCAGCCGCCGCCUCUGCAAUCUUCUUACGAUCAUUACAAUCAUCCCGCCAACUUUGCCAAUAACAAGUACAAGCUCAACAUGAAACUCGAACCCCACGAUGAUGGUUACGAAACUAGUGCCGACAUGCUGAUGACGAACAGCGGUGGCGGCGGUGGCGGCAAUUUGAGCCACAGUCACAACCAUAAUCACAACCAUAACCAUGGUGGUGAAGUGAAGUGCGAAAAGUUGGAGGACCCGUACAGUUUUAUCGACGACGAGCCCAUGCCGAUGCUGCCGAUGCCCCAGCAUCACCAGCAACAACAGCAGCAGCAGCAGCAUCAGCAUCAAGGGCCUCCGCCACAUAUGCAGAUGCACCAGCACCAGCAGCAGCAUCCUCAAAUGCCCCCAAUCAAUACCCAACAAAUGAUGCCAGGCCCGAAAAAGCGGGGAAGAAAAAAGAAAAUCAAACCAGAUCAGCCUGAAUUUAGUCAAGAGUUAAAUGGAGGGAUACCUCGGCCUGUGAAAGAAAGAAAAAAGCAUGACAGGUUCAACGGGAUGCCGGAAGAAGAGGUUUCGAAACGAACAUUACCUGACCACUUAACUGAAAAUUUAGAUAUAAUUAUUAUUGGAAUAAAUCCAGGUUUAUUCGCGGCAUACAAGGGUCACCAUUACGCAGGUCCAGGCAACCACUUUUGGAAAUGCCUGUACCUGGCCGGGCUAACGUCCCAGCAAAUGUCCGCCGACGAAGACUAUAAGUUAAUGCAAGUAGGAAUUGGUUUCACAAACAUGGUUAGUCGCGCGACAAAGGGUAGCGCCGAUCUAACGCGUAAGGAAAUCAAAGAGGGUAGUCAAAUUUUGUUAGAAAAAUUAAGGAAAUUUAGACCUAAAAUCGCUGUUUUUAAUGGUAAAUUAAUUUACGAAGUUUUCUCGGGGAAGAAGGAUUUUAAGUUCGGCAGACAGCCAGACCUCGUCGAAGGCACCAACACGCAUAUGUGGGUGAUGCCGUCGUCAAGUGCAAGAUGCGCUCAGCUGCCCCGAGCUGCGGACAAGGUGCCGUUCUACGCGGCGCUAAAAAAGUUUCGUGAUUACUUGAACGGAGUAAUAACGGAGAUAAACGAAGAAGAAAUGGUAUUUACGGAGCCAAGGGUAAAGUCGUGCUACGAAGCGGAACCAAAACCGGAUCCGUACUCCACAGAUUUAACUGACAUAAGUAAUGCUGUGAUCAAAAACGAAGACGGCACCAUAGUGCCGUCGAAAAAGAAGCGAGGCCGACCGAAAAAGAUCAAGGUGGAGGGAGAGGAGCCCCCGCCGAAGCCGGUGGUGCGAAAACCGCCGCCCAUCCAAAACAAUAACUGUGAUUUCCCGAAAAAGAAACGGGGACGGCCUAAGAAGGUGAAAGUGGACAAUUUAGAUAUGACCCCUAACGAUAAUACAUCGAGCUCGAACCCGAGCCACAACGCCGGCGGUGGCACGAAUAUGUCGCAAUGUUAUUCGAAUCAGUCGCCGAUCCAUCAGUCGAGCGGCUCGUUUUACCAGAUGGGCGGGCCGGCGCUCACUCCGCCGAACAGCUCGAGCGGACUGUACGCGCCGCAGCCGCAGGUCGGGCAGCCGUACAGCCAGUCGCCGCGGCCGCAGUACGCCAGUCAGUCGCCGCGGCCGCAGUACGCGAGCCAGUCGCCGCGGCCGCAGCAGUACGCCAGCCAGUCGCCGAGGCCGCACUCGCAGCCGUUCACUCAUUCGGACCUGAGCUCGGAAAUCAGCGCGGCCAUCAGCUCGGAGCAGCUCGGCUCGCCGGCCUCUCCGAUCGGGCCGCUCGACUUCGAGCCGCCGCACACGAUGGCCGACGAGGCGGAAUGCCGGCUCGGCACCAGUCCCGCGCCGUCCAGCGCCAGCGAGCACUCGAACGUGGUACGCUCGCACUAUCCGUCAUAUCACUCAACGCACUACAACAUGGAGCCGCCGCCGUCGGGCCAAGGCGGCGGUGCGCAGGACGCACAAGGCUUGGCGCAGUAUCAGCAGUCGCCGCGAGCCAACCAGGACAUCGCGUCGAAAAGCUUGAGCGGCCUGGAGUCGUUGGUCGACCAGAUCCCGUCGAUAACGGACGGCGAGGCUCCGUUGGCCGAAUCCCCGGCCGAGCAUCACUACUCCUCCUCCUCCUCGGGCGGCGGCGGGCAGUUCAGCAAUUAUCCGGCGCAGAGGGUGGGCGGCGGCAGUCCGCCCGUGCCGUCCGGCUACGUCAACUACCCGCCGCCGCCGCCCUCUCCGGCCGGCUACCCGCUGUAUCCGACGCCGUCGUGGGGCGGCGGCCACCACUACGACGGCAUGCCGCCGCUCGCGUAUCCGCAGCUGCCGUACGCGACGCAAGGCUACGGCGGCGGCCACCACCCGGCGGCCAUCCACGUGCCCAGUCCCAACUAUCCGUACUACAGCAGUUAUCCUGGCACGGCGACGGGCGCGCAUCCGCCCCCCGGCUAUCCUCCCUACUUGGGCGGAUUCUGAUUCUGAGUCGUGGUUCGUCGUCUGUCCGUCGUCACUGUGUAUUCAUGUUGUGUACCUGUAACAUAUGUUCAGCUAGUACCUAGCAAGUCUGUCCUGUCCGCUUGAGUACGUACAGUGCAGUCACACUUGCAGGCAGUCAGUCACUUGCAUUUUGACAACAACAGAGACUUGCACAGGGUAAAUGGUGAUAUUUUUUUGUCAUAAGUAUUUUCUCAAAACUUUGAAUGUUAGAUAGGCCAAGGGUUUUGUGCAUUAUUAUCUACAUUCAGAUCUCAGUCGAGUCGAGUGUGUGUUAUUCUGAGUGUGUGGAUCAUCGUUAUAGUUGUAGCCCAUGUCAUUCAUUCAUUUAAAUAAACAUUUGUUAUAGCUCUUCAGCUCGUAUUUUCUUCUCCCAACAAUCCACCACCAUCCUACCUCCAUUUUCAAUCCCCCGACCCACAUAUCAAUCACAAUGCAUCAAUACCUACCUUCAAGCCAACUUCAAAUCAAUUUAAUGGGCCAACCACAAAACACUGUGUAAGUGGUUGCUCUCAUCAACAAAAAAAAAAGAAAAAAUACUUUUAUAGUAACAGAACUGAUAUUUAUUUAAUUAACAAUUAAUUACCUAUUCAAUGUGUUAUUAAAAAUGAUACUUUUUUUAUAUCUAAUGUUAUAUUUAAUACUCGUACUAGUUUCACAUUUUAAGAAACUCUAUCUUCAAUUUUUG